UAUAAAAAUUGAUUUCAAAGAAUAUUAUCAAAUUGUUUUUAUUUAAAACAAUAAAUAACAAUAAUAAAUAAUAAUAUAAAUAAAUAUUGUUGGAUGAUCUAAAUAGUUGAAUGCUGUUCUUGGAAACAACGUGGUCGAUAAGAAAAAAUGCACUGUGACCAACUACAAGCUAGACAUUAUGAAUACAUUUUGGCGCGUUAUUAUUUUUAAAUUAUUGAUAAUUUUCUAUUCCAAUGAGUGAUUCGACCGUAUCAUACUUACAGAAUUAAUAAGAAAAUUAAAACCAAACAAUAUGUUAAAGUCAUUGACAUAAAUUUUAAUUUAUAUGUCUAUGGUUAAAGCGAACAUUUAUCGUUUUUAUCAUCCUUCUCAAGCGUGGUAGUAAAACGUACUUCGAUACGAACUGAGAAUUUUUGAUUAUAUACUAAUAAUUAUUGAGAUGGAAGGUGGUGAUAUUUUUAUACAAGAUUUUAUAAACGAUCUCCAAGAAUCACCUGAGAGUCAAAUUCAAAAAUGUUUUCGUGGUUCUAGUAUUCUGAUAACUGGAGGAACGGGUUUUGUUGGGAAAGUUUUAAUUGAAAAACUUUUAAGGUCAUGUCGUGAUUUAAAUACAAUUUAUUUGGUUGUGAGACCAUUGAAUGGUCAAAAUCCAAAUGAAAGGGUCAAAGAAAUGUUUACUAGUCCGUUUUUUGAUCGCAUGAAAAUGGAAAAUCCGACGUACCGCAGUCAAGUGGUAGUGGUGAAGGGGGACUGUUUUCAGCCAAACAUCGGCUUAGACGAAGCUGACUUGAGCAGGAUUGAGUCCAAAAUAAAUGCUGUUAUACACCUUGCGGCGGCGACCACGUCCGAUAAUCACCCUUACUGCAUGUUGCACAUGGCUAUCUGCACCAAUGUCCGGGCCACCAGAGACUUGAUUAUCCUAACAAAACGUUUUAAAAAUCUCAAGGCCUUUGUAUACUUGUCGUCCGUGUUCACAAACCCUUCAGUCUUGGACGUGUAUGAACAAUUUUAUAAUUCCCCGAUAGCUGCGUCUACCAUUAUCCAGAUGGUUGAAACUCUUCCUGAUUACAUCCUGAAUCGAGUAACUUCGGGGCUUGUGUCCGAAUGGCCGGAUGUGAUUACGUUUACCAAAGCGUUGUCAGAGCAGAUAAUUCAAUCAGCUGGACCAGAGCUACCUGCGUGUAUUAUACGAUCAGGAUUUGUCUUGGGCACUGCUAAUGAACCAAUAGCUGGUUGGACGAAUGAUUUGAAUAAUUUGACCGGUUGUGCGCUUGGUUCUGGUCUCGGCUUAGUACGAGUUUUUCACGGGUCUAGCAGCGUUAACGCUGAAAUCGUACCUGUUGACAUGUUGGUCAAUCUUCUUGUAGUGGGAUGCUGGGAGUUAAUUGGCAACAGAACGGAGUUUGUCAAUGAGGAAGUACCCAAAGACACAGUUAACACUUUGAUUUACAAUUACGCUUCGUCUAAUUAUAAACCAUGCUCUUGGAAUCAGUUGGGAGAAAAGUUUUUUAAAAAUGAAAAAAACGUUUCAUCAUCAAAUUUUUUAUGGAUGCCGUUUUAUUAUGUUACUGAUAGCAUAUUUAUCUAUUGGAUAAUGACGUUUUAUUUACACACAGUUCCGGCGAAAGUUGUGGAUUUGUUCAUUUGGUUUAUGGGAAAAGAAUCCAGAUUGAACGAGUUUUACAAACGAGUGCACACAGCGGCUAAAAAUUUGAGUUCGUAUCAACAAAUCCACGUUAGGUACCAUAAUCACAACGUCAAAAACUUAAUGAACAAAUUAUCGCCGAGAGACAAGAUAUUGUUUGAUUUCGAUAUGAGCACACUGUCGUGGGAUGACUAUUUUGAUAAGUAUUUGAAAGGACUUCGGGUAUACUUAAUGGGAAAUCCUUUGCACAUGCCCGAAACAAAUAAUAAUACCCUAAACAGAUUGAUAACAAUUCAUUACAAUUUUAUAAUAUCCAUAUGUGUCGUUAUUGUAUUAUAUACAAUAUAUUUUUAUUGGUAAAUAAACGUAUAUAUCAUAUUUUACUUGUAAUAUGUAUUGAUCAAAUAUUUCUAAGAAUAAAAGUAAAAAAAUAAAUUGUAAAUUAAACGUAUUUUAACCAUCUCUUUAUUGUAUACCUUAUAAUUAUUGAUCUACGUAUGAGUAUAGUAAGUAUAUAACAUGUUAUAUAAGAUGAUAUAAUAUAAUUUAGGUACCUACUUAAUAUGUUAAUUAUUAUACGUAUAUAAAUUAUAAAGUGAAUGCAUACAACAAUAUUAUAGUUAUUGCAUUCAAUAUCAUAUCAUAUAAAAAUAAAAUAUUGAAAUUAGCAUUUUUUUAAAGUUAUUAUUUUAUAUUAUGUUAUGUUGUUUUCAUGUGAUAUGUUUGAUAGGUACCUAUGCAGUUUGUAUUGCUUAUUGAUACUCAAGUUUUAGAAUAAUAGAAUCCCCAAACUGAUGAUUAUAAAAUUCGUACGUUACGUAUAUUUUUUUUAUAUAAAUUACACGUAUAUAUGUUUUAUUGAAUUUAUAAUAAACUAGUAUAAUUGUUG